AUGAACGCGCUCACUGACGAACAGUUCCAGCGUCUUCUUGACGGUAUAGACCAAAGUUCUGGUCCUGGGCCGUUUGACUCUCUCUUUGAUCCUACACUUCUCCCUUUGGGAGCCUGUGACGAUGGAAUUUUCAGUUGCUUUCCCCCACUGCCACCCAUAGAAGAAGAGGUGCCAUCACUAUCAGACAUUCCAGCUCUGGAGGAUGAUAAAACUGUCUCGUCGAUCGCGACCUCAGUACCGGAGGACAAUAGAGCUUUAUCAAUAAUGCCUUCGGUCCAGCACCUCCUUGACCAGCAGGAAGAUCAACUUAAAAAGCUGAGGCUUGAGGUGGAGGCAUUGAGAACAACUCUUGAAACGAUCAGAAAAUAUCAUCUCGAGUCUCUCAACCCAUGGAUUGACCAAGUCACUGAGACGUUGAAGAAGUUGGGUGGUAUGCUGGAUGAAACUCCGGCUUCUGCUACAGACGGCGAAUUCGAUAUCAACAUUUAA